AUGAUUGAUAUACCAAUUUCAUUCUGUAAAGUCGAAGAGAAAAUGCAAAAUUAUCCACCAGGUGCAUAUCCAGGAGCCGUUCCAGGCGCUUACCCACCAACUGCCGUUCCAGGAGCUUACCCAGGAGCUGUUCCAGGAGCUUAUCCAGGUGCCUACCCACCAACUGCAGUUCCAGGAGCUUACCCAGGAGCUUAUCCAGGUGCCGUUCCAGGAGCUUACCCACCAACUGUUGUUCCAGGAGCCUACCCAGGAGCCUACCCAGGAGCCUACCCAGGAGCCGUCGGCUAUCCACAACCAGCUGCCUAUGUAAGACCAGCAUACUCUUACUCUGAUCCCUACCUAAGAACUGCUGCAUUUGUUGUUCCAGUCGGUCUUCCUCCACAUCUCGCCCAAAAGAUGAUGGCUGCCAGCGCCGCCUUUAGAUCGUUUGACACCAACUGUAGUGGCACUAUGAACAAAAAGGAAUUCAAGAGAUGCAUCAAAUAUCUUGGUUUCUAUUUUACCAAGGGCCAAACCAAAGGAUUAUUCUUUUCUAUUGACAGAAACUACUCUGGUAGUAUCGAUGAAAGAGAAUUUUGCGAAUGGUGGAUUCACCAAUUAAUGAUUAGUAAUAGUAAUAGUAAUAGUAUCAUAAGUGUAUUUAGAAAUAAAUAUCUAACAAGAAAUAUAUUAAAGUUUAAUAGUUCAUCAUCUUUUACUUUUAAUGGUUGUAAUAAUUAUAAUAAUAAAAGGUAUGAUGAGAUCAUAUCAGGUGAUUUCAUGGUGAGAAAUGGUUAUAAACGGCUACUGUGGUAUAAAUUAAAUAGAGGUGAACCUAUUGUAUUUACCAGUCUAGAAGAUGGCUAUAGUAUAGCUCAGUUUUUCGAUGACUAUAACCUCUUUACAAGAUGUUAUCCGUUGGGUCUAGGUCGUAUGAUCGACUCUAGGUUCUUCUCUAGUAUGGUCACUCUUGCAUGCACUGAAACAGACCCCGUCAAAAGACAAAAAAGAAACAAGAUUGUUCGAUUCAUACUCGACUAUGAACAAGUCAACAACUACAACGAAUAUAAUCGUCUAAACAUCCUCCCCUCUCUUCCCAUUAUACUACUUUACAAUAAUGUUGGUCUACUCAAAUUACUUACUGAUAGACAAUCAACAAAUCUCCUUCCUCUUUGUUCACCAAACAACAAAAGCAAUCCAGUAGUAGUGGAAGAAGAAGAAUACUACAAAGAUGCAAUUGGAUAUUUGUAUAGACACUUAAAAGAAGAUCAAUUCUAUUCAAUGGUUAGACAAGAUAUAGUACUAUCAUGUCUAAACAAAGAGAUUAUAAAGAUUUAUUUUAAAAAGAAUCCUGGGCAAGGUAUUCCAUCCUCUUUUUCUCGUUCUAAAGUUGAAGAAUAUGAUUUGUUAAAGUUGGACCAAGUGGCAAUCAUGUUGAUGGAGAUGCCAUCUCAUCAAGAAGGAUUUAAUCAAGUCAAAAUGAUUAAAAAGAGAUUGGCAGGUUUGAUUGGAGAAGCAAACACCAAAAAGAUGACCAUUCUAUUUCAUCUAUUACUCGCCGAAGACAAGACAUUUAGUAAGCAACCAAAUGCAACUGAAGCGAUUGAAGAUUUGUGGAAACAAGUUGUCAGCUGGAACACAAGAGCCAUUUUUGAUUACUUUAUGCCAAGAAAGUUCGAUACAAUCGUACAGUAUGCUACAGUCGAUCAAAUCAAACGACUCUGUCACAAACACCCUCAAUAUCGAAUCAAUUUCUACCAAUCACAAAGAGACAAGGAUUUAUUUAGAUACUACUUUGAAAAUUUGGAUUUUAUCAAUGAAAGAUUAGUCGUUUCAAAGUUAUCAAUGAAUCAUUGGAUGGUUGACACUGUAUUGGAUGUUUUAGUAGUGUCUAGAGGAAUUAAAAUACAAUCAUUUAUAAAUGAUCCAGGUUUACAAAUGACGACUGUAGUGGUGGAAACUAUAUUGGCUAGAUUCCCAAACACAUUAAAUGAUAUAAUUAGAUCAUUUGCUGUAAAAACUCAACCAACCUAUGUACUUGUGGCAAAAGAUUUUAUAUCACUCGAGAAAAUAUCAAAAUUGGUUAAAUCAUCGGAUGGUACAAUAUUUCUAAAACAAAUAUGGUCUUAUUAUUCAAGACCUUAUUGUACAAAAAUUCAAACCAGAGAGGAUUUACAAAUUAUAAAAGAUUGUAUCGAUUCAUUUGAACCAAUCAUUCAAGAUGAAUUGGUGACCAAUUUGGUUAAAACAUCAAAUAGCAAGGAUAUUGGUAUGAUUUGGGAUAUUUUCAAUCUAUAUUCAAAAUAUGCGAUUGACAAGCAAAAGAUGAUCGAAUUUACCAAUCCCGUUCCUGCAACACUCGAACAAUUUCUGGUUUUGGCCAACAACUUGGAAUUUAAAAAUGUCAUUUCAUUUGGUGAACAAUUUGGUCAAAUCUAUAGUGAAAGAUUAACAGACAAUAUACUUGCCAACCAAUAUAUAUCACCACAGUAUCAUUACAAUCAAAAUGAAUCAAAUUUAAUUGAAAAGAUAUCAUCACUCUAUUUUCAACGAUACAGUCAACAAGCAAUGAAAUUGAUUUGGACACUCGAACUUGACAUUGUUCAAAAAGAUAAUCUCCAUUCAUUUAAAAGGAUUGUAGAAAUUUGCAACAAAUCAUUUGACUUUAAAAAGAAUCGAAAGAGAAUCAUUCAAUACUUUAAGAUAUGUUUGGAAAGUUGUUCAUUGGCAAUAUUUACAUACCUUGUUCAAGAAUUACAACUUAUUGUCGAUAGUAAUAAUAUUUGGCAAGUUGCCUUUAGACAUGUAGUUUUAUGGGCUUCACCAUCGGCUUGUGAAUUUCUCAUUUAUCUCGAUCAAAAGAAACCUCAUUUAUUCGAAUUUACAGAUCAAAUCCUAUCAUCUAGAUCCUAUCAUAAACUAUUCCAACGUCAAUCAUCUUUACAUCCAAAAUUACCAACUCCAAUUAGAAAAACAAAUCAUCUAAACAAAUUAAAAUGUAUUUGUAAUAUUUGUAAAUAG